AAAAGAUACACAUAUGAAUAUCCCUUUCAAGAUGUAGAUUCCUUUUCAUCAGGGAAAUAAGUACUAGUAUUAUACCAGUAAUCAUGUGUUAGAUCAAACUGAUCACACAAUCUCACCUAAUUCUUUGAUUUUAAUCUAAUUAGAAGCCAGCUACGUUGUUCAAAGUUUGCAACUUCCAAAUUGCUCCUCCUCCCUGGCCUUCGCAAAAAUAAAUCCCAUCUUCUUCUGGUUCAGUUCAGUUUCUACUUUAGAAAAUUCCAAACAAUUUUGUUAUCCCAUUCAUCCAUGAUUAAUACGGUGGUUGGUCGCCUUGUCGACCUCAAACAGUCAGCCAUAAGACCACAAGAUUUUUCAGAUAAGUCAGAAAAAUCAGCACUUCCAAAACAGGGCAUACUGGCUUGGGCUGUUCUCCUUCCUCAUUCAAGCUUACAAUCUCUGCCCAGAAGAAGGGGAAUUUAUUUAUGGAAGGUGGAAAAGACUCGAACUUGAAAGGAAGUGCAGGUGAAGUGGUUGUAAUGAUCCCAAAUCCUCAAGCAACUCCGAAAUUGGGGAAACAAACUGGUGGGUCUGAUUCAUAUGCACAUUCCGAUACGAUAAAGCAGGACCCUUUAAAUAUUGAGUUAAUUGGAGGGCAGCAGGGUACUUCUGGAGGCCAAUUGAGCUCCAUUUCUCCAGGGACAAGCAGUUUCAGUCCAGUUCUGCAUCAGACUCCAACUGAAAAUAGCAUGAGACGAAGGCUGUUAAAACCUUUUAGAUCUCCCAAGCCUAAAUCAAGGCUUGUGGAACCGCCCCCUCCUCCCAAAUUGAAGCUUGUUGAGGAGAGAAUUCCUUCAACUUCACCCUACAGGAGCCCAAUGAGAAUGGCUUCCCCUGGUGGUGGUAAUUUAGGUAAUGUCAGGGCUAGUACCUCAGGUUUGGUUACUCCUAGGACACCGUUAAUGUCGUCGCAGGGGAAUGUGGAUGAGGAUGAUGAAGAUGAUGAUGAUGUCUACCAGGCUGGAUUCCUCCCAGAUGAGGCUGAAAAGAAAAAGCAUGGGAAAAAAGUAAAAUUUAUGAUUUUGAUUGAAUGGGUUGCGUUCUUUGUCAUAUUGGGUUUCUUGGUUGUUAGUUUAUGUGUUGAUAAGCUGGCUGGAUUGUAUGUUUGGGGUUUGCGCCUAUGGAGAUGGUCUGUGUUGGUUUUGGUCAUAUUUUGUGGUCAUUUGGUUACUCAAUGGUUGACUGAUAUGCUAGUCUUUGUGAUUGAAAGGAAUUAUUUGCUUAAGAAUAAGGUCCUUUAUUUCCUCUACAGUUUGAGGAAAAGUUUUCGGGUUUCGCUUUGGUUAGGAUUGACAUUGUUGGCUUGGGGAUUGUUGAUAAAUAGGGGUGUGAAGAAAUCUAGGAAGACUAUGAGAAUUCUGAAUUAUAUUACAAGAGGUAUUGCUUCUAGCCUCAUUGGAGCAGUCAUGUGGAUGGUGAAAACUUUUUUAGUGAAGUUACUAGCUUCAUCUUUCCAAGUUCAGACAUUCUUUGAUAUGAUUCAAGAUACAAUUUUUCAUCAGUAUGUUCUUCAGACCCUUUCUGGCCCACCACUCAUGGAAAGAACAGCUGGAAUUGAGAACAUCAAGAAUAGUGGUAGGUUGAGCUUCAAAUACUCGAUGAAAGGAAACCUGAAGGGAAAGGGGGAUGAGGUUGUUGAUGUUAAUAAACUUCACAGAAUGAAAAAAGAGAAGAUUUCUUCAUGGACAAUGGGAGCCUUAGUUCAAGUUAUUCGGGGUUCAGGGUUAUCGACUCUUUCGGAUGCACUUGAUAGUGCUGAAGAUGAAGAGGUUGAACAAAAAGAGAUUACAAGUGAAUAUGAAGCAAGGGCUGCUGCUAAAGAAAUAUUUAAGAGGGUGGCGAAGUCUGGCAGGCAGUAUAUUGAAGAAGAAGACCUACUACGUUUUUUCCCCAUGGAGGAAGUUGAUGAUGUGAUCUUGCUCUUUCAAGGAGCUGCAGAAAAUGGUCAGAUCAAGAAAUCAUCUUUUAAGAAUUGGGUGGUAAAGGUGUACACAGAAAGGAAGCUCUUAGCGCAUUCCCUGAAUGACACCAAAACAGCCAUUGAAGAGCUUAACAAGGUUGCAUCUGGAAUCAUUUUAGUAAUCAUUAUUAUAGUAUGGUUGCUUUUAAUGGGAUUUGCUUCUACCAAAGUCCUGGUCUUCAUUUCAUCUCAAAUUCUGCUCUUAGUCUUCAUGUUUGGCAACACUGCAAAGACUUGUUUUGAAGCUUUGAUGUUCGUAUUUGUGACCCAUCCGUUUGAUGUUGGGGAUAAAUGCAUAAUUGACGGAGUUCAGAUGGUUGUUGAAGAGAUGAACAUUUUGACAACAAUCUUCUUGAGAUAUGACAAUCAAAUGAUAUACUACCCGAAUAGCGUUUUGGCUGGCAAACCGAUCACCAACCUUAACCGGAGUCCACCACUGGGCGAUUCUUUGGAGUUCUCUGUGGAUUUCUCAACAUCAGUUGAAAGUAUAGCAGCACUCAAGGACAGAAUCAAAAGAUAUGUGGAGAGCAAACCUCAACACUGGCAGCCUAACCACAGUGUUGUGAUCAGGGAAAUUGAGGACAUGAACAAGCUGAAGAUGGCCCUAUAUGUUACGCAUUCUGUUAACGCUUCAGAUAGAUCCGGACACAGAUCGGACCUAGUCAUGGAGCUGAAGAAAACCUUUGAGGAACUUGAUAUCAAGUACCACCUUCUCCCACAGGAAGUGCAUGUUAGAUAUCUGGCAUAAAACACACACACACGCACACACACGCACACACACUCUUAAGACAAAUAGACUAAUUACAUUAUCAUUCUUUCAUCGGUAUAGUGAAUCAAUAACAGCAUGAAAACUCUUGGUAAGCCAAAUGGAUCAAUGGUUUGCCUAGGUCAUAUCCUCUAUUCUUACCUCUGUUAAGCAAAUUGGUCAAGGAAUGAUCACUAUUGAGCUCAUUGUGUAAAAAUGUUGUUGCUCAAAUGUUUGGAUCGUUUUUUUAGCGUGUCUGAAAGUGUUUUUUGUAUUGGGAAUGUAAAAAAGUGUAUUAGAAAUGUAAAAAGAUAUGUUGGGAUGAGACAGUUAUUAAUAUGUAAUUCUGAAAAAAAGGUACUCAAAAAACAGACCAAACAAUUAGCCCUGCGUCUGCAUCUGCUUGGCAUCCCAGUGUUUGAGGAUCAGAUACCACCGAUGCGGGAUCCUGUCAAAAACUUCAGGGUUGUUCACGUGCAUCCAUCGGGUUCGACAGCCGGCAGGUCGGGGCGAGGCGGACGUACGGUUCCGGAAGGGGGACCAAUCGAGGCUUAACCACCCGGGACAUCCAAUACCAAAACCUCAUGAAUCGUUUGUCGGAUUCGGAAAGACCACUGUAAUCAAAAUCCCAUGAGCAUUCAUUCUUGACGUCAAAAACCAAUUUAUGUAGCAAUAACGCUUUGGUCUGGUAAUCCAUGUUGUCGCCAACGUCAGUCAAUUGGGCCAUGAUUUUGUCCAAUUCACACACUCAUCCACACCGAAAUCAGCCUUCAAUCUAACCAGAUCCAUCUGCUUCUUCAGUUCAGCCACACCAAUCUCCUUCUCUGGCGCAGCGGCUUCCUUCUCAUCCGCCGGCUUUCCUGGCAUAACAUCUUCCGGACAGGGCUGAAGAUAUGGGUUGCUCUCGUCCGCCCUUGGCAUUUUCUCAAACACCCUGUUAUCAAAUAUCCGGCAGAGAAAAAAGAUUUGGGAAUAUUUGUUAACAGUUAACCCACAAAAUAAUACUGAACAAAUUAAGAAAGACUCUCACGUCUUUCUUAUCAAUAGCACAACCAUAAUAGUUUCAAAAUUAACAUGAUCGUAAAUUCUAUCUACUAUCUU